UGAGUCUGAGAAAAAAUAUAAACAGCUUGGAAUGAGGCCUUUGACGGAAGAAGAAACUCAAAUUGUGUUUGAAAAACUAGCAAAAUAUAUUGGAGACAAUAUAAAACUCCUUAUCGACAGACCAGAUGGAAAUUAUUGUUUUAGAUUGCAUGAAGACCGAGUUUAUUAUGUCAGUGAAGAAACCAUGAGAAAAGCCACAAAUGUAGCCAGAGAGAACCUGAUAAGUAUUGGAACAUGUAUUGGGAAGUUUACAAAGACCAGAAAAUUCAGACUUCACAUUACAGCGCUUGAUUUCAUGGCACCAUAUGCAAAGUACAAAAUCUGGGUGAAGCCAGCUGGAGAGCAGUCUUUUCUUUAUGGGAAUCACAUUUUGAAGUCUGGCCUAGGCAGGAUAACAGAAAAUACACCACAGUAUCAAGGAGUUAUUGUAUACUCUAUGAAUGACCUUCCACUGGGUUUUGGAGCCACAUCCCGUUCAACACAAGAUUGUCGCCGAGCAAAUCCUACAGAUAUCAUUUGUUUCCAUCAAGCUGAUGUUGGGGAAUACCUAAGAUCUGAGGACACUUUGACAUGACAAAAUACUGAGAACAAUUAACGAUCAGUUUUUAGGCAUUUUAUCUUUUAUUUGAAAUUGUAAUAACAUUGAACUGUAGCUAAAAAAUUAAGUGAAAAAAGUAGCCUAUUGUGGUGAGAGCAAUAAUCCGGAGAAACGUACUUUUCAAUAUUUAUUUUGUAGGAUGUUACUACUAAUUAAAAAAUAUAAUACUGUUUGUUCGUGAGUAAAAAAAUAGUGAAAAAUAAAAAAACAAGCACUCGGUCACUUCGUAAGAACCCGAGAAUAAUAAACGAUCAGUUUUUAGGCAUUUAUCUCUUAUUUGGAAUUGUAGUAACAUUGAACUGUAGCUAAAAAAAUUAGUGAAAAAAUAGCCUACUGUGGUGAGCAACGAUCAGGAGAAACGUAUUUUUCAAUAUUUAUUUUGUGAGAUGCAACUACUAUCUAAAGAAAUAUAAUACUGUUUGUUCGACUCAUGAAUAAAAAAAAAAGCACUUGAAAAUAAAAUUUAAAGGAAAGACAA